UUAAAUGAUUAAUUGAUGUUACAACUGUGCUGUAAAGACUUAGAAAAAUGGUCCUCUAGCCUACUGCUGUCGCAUCUACAUAAAGGCUGCUGUAAAUCAAAGAAUUAUCCACUACGAAGUGACGUAGUUACGUCACUAUACGUGACAGGAAGCUACCGGUCAGCUGAGAGACCAACUACAACGUCUGGAGAUUUCGACAGUAAAAAGAUGGCCUACCCAAAAUCCCACAACCCAUUUGCUGAUGAUGAUGACAAUGAGGAAGAUUUUAAACCCAAAAACAGAGGCUUUGAAGAUGAAGAUGACAGCGGGUUGACAGAUGCGGAGAGAAGGCAGAGGUACCUUCAGCAAGAAGUGAUGCGCACAGCAAAGUCAGCAGUGGACAGCAGUUAUCGUUCGAUCGGUCUCAUCUAUGAAUCUGAGAAGAUGGGUGUGGAGACUGCAGAGGAGUUGAUGCGACAGGGAGAGGCCCUGAAGAGGACGGACAGGAUGUUAGACAACAUGGAGGAGGAUCUGAAAACCAGUCAAAGGCAUAUCACCAGUAUCAAGAGUGUGUGGGGAGGAAUCGUCAACUACUUCAAGGGAAAACCAGAAACAAAGCCUGCACCUGAACAGCCAAAGGUCUACCAAGCUAAUGAGAGACUACAGACUGCCAUGUCCAGCAGCAAAGAACAUGAGGAUAAAUACCAAGCAAGUCACCCCAAUCUAAGAAAGUUGGAUACAGGAGGUUUUGGAGCUGCUGCUUCCAUGGAUGACAGCUCAUCCAGACAGAAUGGAUACCCGCAGAACAGAUACCUAAAGGAGGCUCACCAGACCCUCGACAACAAUUUAGAUGAGAUGUCCAGUGGUUUGGCGAGACUGAAGAACCUCGGACUGGGGCUUCAGUCGGAGAUUGAAGAACAGGAUGACUCCAUCGGUUCCCUGCUCAACAAAGUGGACAAAAUGGAUCUGAAGAUUAACGCUACCAACCAGCAAAUUAAAAACCUCAAAUAAGACUGGACUGCUCCAAUUUUAGACUUAAAUUGGCAAUGUGAAUCUACAUACAAAGUCUCACAUGUGAUCCCUCCUUCUGGCCUUUUUAUUAAAGAAUAGCCUGUUUUGUUUUGUCUUUCUUUUGUCUACCACUGAAAAUAAAUGAUUUCUUGUUUCUUUUUCUGGUGGAAUGGUUUUCAUAUAUGCUCUGGUUACUUUCUCUUUCAACUUUUACUGCUGUUCUGUCUUAAAUGUGUGAAGUUGGUGACAUUUGGAAAACGUCCUAAUUAUAUUUCAAGAAAAAGAAUUUCACAUAUGGGAAGAAUUUUGAAAUAUAGGUUAAGUACGCUUUUUAUCUUUUUUGGACACUUUUUAGCCACCUCAAAUGUAUGGACAAAACAUAAGUAAGCAGAAAACCUAGCUCAAGUCACGUUUGCCUUAUCUGUAAUAGGAAUAUACAGUCAUCGGGUCUGUGUCAUGAUUAUGUUUUCAUUUGGUGCUUCAAAAAUUUCAGUGAUUCGGUGCUGCAGAAUUUGUCAGACAGUUGUCCUAAAACAUGAAUUGCAUCAACAAGCUGUUGCAUUUGUAAAAAAAAAUUAGCUUUGAAGGAAUAAACCCACUAUCUAAGUCAUAAUAUA